AUGUCUCUCAUCUUCACCAUUUUGAUAUUGCACGCUGUGAAGGCUGAUGGACAGACAUGUCGGUUUGGACGUUCAGGAGCAGGCUGUCGGUAUAACUGUAACUGUGCUGAGGACUGUGACCGUCAGACAGGCUGUGCCGGGAACUGUUCCGCUGGCUGGGACGGACCUACCUGUCAGAGAUGUAAUGUGGCGCUGCACCAGAUGACGAACCAAUUAUCUAACUAUUCUGAGAAUAACUGGUUAUACAUAUCUGCAUUCGCCGUGGACGGUAAAGUGGGUCAUAUUCUGGAGAGCACACCUUGUACACACACCAUGAAUGAUUUACGAAGCUGGUGGACGGUAACACUGAACAGGACGUACAGUAUUUACACAUUCCAGAUUUACAACAGAGUCGAAAAUUGUGGUAACGGACCCGAACCAUGCAGCCGACGACUGAACGGCUUUACUCUGAGUGUGGGGACCAACAAUCAGAGCUACAAUGCAUGUUAUACAGACACGACAACCACUAACGAAGGUCCUGGGGUCAUCAUCAACGGUAGUUGUAACGAUGGUAACCCGAGAACAGGAAACACGGUCCAGAUAAGUUUACCGCUGGAGUCAUCAAGAGCUUUGACACUUUGUGAAGUUCGACUGUUUGUUUGUUCCGAGGGAUGGUAUGGAGAGAUGUGUGACAAGGAGUGUGUGACAGACACGUGCUGUUCUCGAUGUGAUGACCAUGGACUUCGGUGUGAAAAGUGUGUGAAUGGCCGAUGGGGUACAGACUGUGGUGAAGAAUGUGGACAUUGCUGGAAUAAUACUGCUUGUGACAAGGACACCAGUGAAUGUCCGAAUUUAUCACCCAGGUGUGAGAGUGGGUUUCAGGGUUACAAUUGUACGACAAACUGCAGCUCGUAUACAUGGGGUCCUGACUGUAAGGAGACCUGUGGUCAGUGUCAUGGCGGAGCUGUCUGUGACCGGGUGAGUGGGAACUGUCCCUUGGAGAACCCUCACUGUGCCAUAGGAUAUACAGGACCUCGUUGUGAACCUUGCCCACGUGGUACAUUCGGUAACCAGUGUCGAGAGGAAUGUGGACAAUGUAAGGACGGGAACCAUACGUGUGAUCACGUGAACGGCACGUGUACCAGCUGUGCAGACGGGUGGCUGGGUGACCUCUGUAAAGAAGAAUACGAUGAAGAUGAUGAGGACGACGAAGACGUUGUUGCUGAUGUAGCCUCGGCAGGCUUAGUGAACUCUGGCGCAGUUCAGGAGAGCACUUGUGUUGCCGUAGAAGAAUUCCGACGGUAUAUGCUCAGGAAAAAGACUUCCAUGGGAUUUAAGGCUGAGUUUGAGGUAGAGAAAAGGCUUCUGAGAAAAUCCAAGUUGAGCGAACACACUAGGGAUAAAAUGGGACCUGGUGUGGUAAGGCGGGGAAUCGACCCCAGUGAAAGAAACUGUGCACCUCAGAAAGUGAACUUAACUGUAGCUGUGAAUGACAGCAGUUGA